AUAGGUUCUGUGUGCUCUCCGGGGGUAUUGUGUCAGGAGAUGCAGGCUGGCUACCAUGUGACGCGGUCCAGAGCUGAAGGGAUUGGCCGAGGCAGCGCAGGCGGUGCAGCUUGGCCGGCUUGCUGUUCCUCUCCCUUUCUCUCGCAGCAUCUUCCUGGGAGCCUGUAGGUGAAGCAGCACCACAAGCAUCCAUGGCCUAUCUUUGGGGUUAACACUUGUCUCCUUUGGCUUCAGCAUCGGACAGAGCAGAUCUCUCGACAGCAGCAGCAGCGUUGUGAGGACUUAGCUGGGACCUGGAAUCGUAUCCUCCUGUAUUUUUUCAGACUCUUUGGAGAUUAAGGAAUGCAAUUCUGCCACCAUGAUGGAAGGAUUGAAAAAACGUACAAGGAAGGCCUUUGGAAUACGGAAGAAAGAAAAGGACACUGAUUCUACAGGUUCACCAGAUAGAGAUGGAAUUCAGGGGAAAAAAAAGACCCAGAAGACUCAGCUUCUCCUCACCUCUUGCUUCUGGCUCAGAGCCCUCUCGUUAACUCUGUCUCAGCAGCCCAGCCCACAUGAACCACCCUACAAUAGCAAAGCAGAGUGCGCACGUGAAGGAGGAAAAAAAGUUUCGAAGAAAAGCAAUGGGGCACCAAAUGGAUUUUAUGCGGAAAUUGAUUGGGAAAGAUACAACUCACCUGAGCUGGAUGAAGAAGGCUACAGCAUCAGACCUGAGGAACCCGGCUCUACCAAAGGAAAGCACUUUUAUUCUUCAAGCGAAUCGGAAGAGGAAGAAGAAUCACACAAGAAGUUUAAUAUCAAGAUUAAGCCAUUGCAAGCUAAAGACAUUCUUAAGAAUGCUGCAACUGUAGAUGAACUGAAGGCAUCAAUAGGCAACAUUGCACUUUCCCCAUCACCAGUGGGUGCAAUUAAAAGGAACUUAUCCAGUGAAGAAAUAGCGAGACCCAGGCGUUCCACACCAACUCCAGAACUCAUAAGCAGAAAACCUCCAGAUGACACCAUGGCACUUGCUCCCCUCUUUGGCCCACCAUUAGAAUCAGCUUUUGAUGAACAGAAGACAGAAGUUCUUUUAGAUCAGCCUGAGAUAUGGGGUCCAGGCCAACCAGUUAAUCCAAGCACGGAGUCGCCAAAGUUAACAAGGCCUUUUCCCACUGGAACACCUCCACCACUGCCUCCAAAACACGUACCAGCCACUCCACCCCGAACAGGCUCCCCCUUAACAACUGGACCAGGAAAUGACCAGGCAGCCACAGAGGUCAAAAUUGAAAAACUACCAUCAAUCAAUGACUUGGACAGCAUUUUUGGCCCUGUGUUGUCCCCCAAGUCUGUUGCUGUUAAUGCUGAAGAAAAGUGGGUCCAUUUUUCUGAUACAUCCCCGGAACGUGUUACUCCAGAGUUGACUCCAAGGGAAAAGGUGGGGUCCCCACCAGCUGCCUCAGACAACCCAGCUGACUCCCUGCCUCUGGGCCCCCCGGGCCCUCCUGGCCCCCCAGGACCUCCAAGUCCCCCUUGCAAUGUACCAUCGCCACUCAACUUAGAAGAAGUCCAGAAGAAAGUCGCUGAGCAGGCCUUCAUUAAAGAUGAUUACUUAGAAACAAUCUCAUCUCCUAAAGAUUUGGGUCUGGGGCAGAGAGCAACUCCGCCUGCCCCACCACCACCCACCUACAGGACUGUGGUUUCAUCCCCCGGACCUGGCUCGGGCAGUGGUCCGGGGACCACCAGUGGUGCAUCAUCCCCUGCUCGGCCAGCCACCCCCUUGGUUCUUUGCAGCACCACGACCCCACCUCCACCUCCUCCCCGGCCUCCGUCUCGGCCAAAGCUACCUCCAGGGAAGCCUGGAGUCGGAGAUGUGCCCCGACCUUUCAGCCCUCCCAUCCAUUCUUCCAGCCCUCCUCCGAUAGCACCCCUAGCCCGAGCUGAAAGUACUUCUUCAAUAUCGUCCACCAAUUCCUUGAGUGCAGCCACCACCCCGACAGUUGUGUCAGAAGAUGAUGUUUUUUAUGACAAACUGCCCUCGUUUGAAAGGCGCUGUGAAACGCCUGCAGGUUCUUCCAGGGGACCCAGCCCCCUAACCAUGGGAGCCCAGGACACCCUCCCUGUUGCAGCAGCAUUUACAGAAACGGUCAAUGCCUACUUCAAAGGAGCAGAUCCGAGCAAAUGUAUCGUGAAGAUUACUGGAGAAAUGGUGUUGUCCUUUCCUGCCGGCAUCACCAGACACUUUGCCAACAACCCAUCGCCAGCUGCCCUGACUUUUCGGGUGACAAAUUUCAGCAGGUUAGAACACGUCCUGCCAAAUCCCCAACUUCUCUGCUGUGAUAAUACCCAAAAUGAUGCCAAUACCAAGGAAUUCUGGGUAAACAUGCCAAAUUUGAUGAUUCAUCUAAAGAAAGUGUCGGAACAAAAGCCCCAGGCUACAUAUUAUAACGUGGAUAUGCUUAAAUAUCAGGUGUCAGCCCAGGGCAUUCAGUCCACACCUCUAAACCUGGCAGUGAACUGGCGAUGUGAGCCGGCAAGCACCGACCUGCGCAUAGAUUACAAAUACAAUACGGAUGCAAUGACAACGGCCGUGGCCCUCAACAAUGUGCAGUUCCUGGUCCCCAUAGAUGGAGGGGUAACCAAGCUCCAGGCUGUGCUCCCACCAGCAGUCUGGAAUGCUGAACAGCACAGAAUAUUGUGGAAGAUUCCUGAUAUUUCUCAGAAGUCAGAAAAUGGAGGAGUGGGCUCUUUAUUGGCAAGGUUUCAGUUAUCUGAAGGCCCAAGCAAACCUUCCCCAUUGGUUGUGCAGUUUACAAGUGAAGGAAGCACCCUUUCUGGCUGUGACAUUGAACUUGUUGGAGCAGGGUAUAGAUUUUCACUCAUCAAGAAAAGGUUUGCUGCAGGAAAAUACUUGGCAGAUAACUAAUAAAAUCUUAUGCAAGGAUUUGGAGGAUUCAUAUAAUGGAGAACUACUGUAUGAGAAACAGGUUUUAAUUUUGGUUUGAUGAAAACAAACCAAAAUCUGCACUUGGGGUAUAUCUGCUGGAAAUGUCAAUGACUUUCAGCAAUGAUUUCCCUCACACAAUACCAUGAUGACCAGUCCUACAGUAUUUACUUCUAGGUGUAAUAUUGUUAAUGGUUUUAAAAUGUAAUUAUUGUAUUUGUAAAUUGUACUCAUUCCAGUAAGGCAGUUAUACUUGAGUUUUAGCAUUUUACCAUUCCUGAAAUGGAUGUAAUUUAAACUGUGGUAUGUAAAUUUAAUAGUAGUACUGUUGAAUGGCACAAUGCUUACAGAGGUAGAUUGCAUUUUGUCAAUAUAUAAAAUUUAAAUAUAAUAUUGAUAGCUGUCAUAAGGGGGUGCCACACACACAAAAAAUUCAGUGGAACCAGAAAAAAACUUCCUUUUCUUCGGUCCUUAGUAUGUUUUACUUUAGUGCUAAAUAAAAAUUCUAUCUUCAAAUAUUUAGUGGGUUAAAGUCAGAAACUAUUUCAGAAAAAAAAAUUCUAAGGUACAUGUGCAUAUUCAAAGAAAAGCAUUAAUUACCACUUUUUAAAAAGCUUUUUUUUCAAACUGCAAAUUUCAUAAAAAUGCAAACUGUGUAAACAGGCCCUCUUAUUUUUAUAACUUGUGUAAAAAGGGAAAGCAAUUCAUAUUUAAAGUUUAUGAAAUUAUAAUCAAGAGUAAAGAAGAUGUCGAAGUCUUAACUACUUCCCCCUCUCUCCACAGUUUAGCAGAUGUGGAGAUUACUGAAUAAUCAGACUAAAACAAAAAUUGUGAUUUUAAAAUUUCAAGAAUUUCCAUAGUUGAACUGUUAACAACUUUUGCACAAUAACUCUAUACAGAGAGUGCCUCCCAUCCAGCAUGGGGAAUGGUACCAAGCAUCUUCCUCUUUACCAAUAGGAACCAAAACAUUGAGUCUAAAUAUCCCAGAAAAAAAAGAUUUUAGUCCCCUACUUAAAUCCAGAAGGAGAAUUUUAAUUGUCAUCAUUUAUAUCAUUUGGGAAGGAAAAAAUAAGCUUUAUAAAUCAAAUUCUAACCACAUUAUUAUGCAAUAAAUUUCCUUUUGGAUAAGAUUCAUUGUAUGUAACUAUAAAUCUUUGCCAUUCUUGGGGAAUCAAAAAGAGAGUUAUCAAAAAUGUAUGUUAUGAUUUCAUUGUUGCAAGGUAUAAUAAAAACUGUAAUUACUCAGUCUGGCCUCAUAAUAUGGGAAUUCGGGAUGAAGAAGCUCUUCUUCAGGGGUCCCAGUUGUAAAACCUUCCUUCAUUACAAUCUGAAAACAUGAAUUUUCCUUUAAGUCAUAGAACCUAUUUUAAACAUAAACUAAUUCCUACUCUAGGUUAUACUAUUAAAUAACUAUAAUUAUUAAGUUGUUAUAUUCAUCAUUAGUUGAUAAAUUUUAUUUUACAUUCAUUCAUGCUUGACAAAGAACCUUUAGCCCCUUUAAAUUUUAGAAUCAAAUUAAAUUUUGUAAGUCUUACAUUUAAAAUGAGAUUGUCACUGGCAAUUGUUAAUAGUGAAACUUUUUAAAUUAAUAUUUGUACUUCUCAAUCAGUGCUUGCUACCAAGAGAAUGUUCAAAAUGACCUGUUUUACCUUAGAAGAAAUCUUACUGUUCAAACAACUCUCAAUUGGCUCGCCAAGCAGUCUCUGGUGUUGAAGUUUUUUGAACAAGUAAGUAAUAAACUCACUUUAAGCAAAGAUAUUCAAUUUGAUUUUGUAACCAAAAUAGUAAAUGCAAACUUUUAAAUCCCAUGAAACAUGGGGAAAUUUCAGACACUGAAACCAAUGGAGAGUAAGUAACAGAAAAUUGAGAAUUAUCCAGCAUAUGAAUAUAAAAAUGUGUUUUUAAGAAAUCAGUUCAUGAGAAAACAUAUUGAAUAUUAACACAAAGGCAUAUUAAAAGUGUAUAAAUAUUAUUGGUUCUCAUGUCUUGCUCAUUAUAUCUUAUUUUAUUUUAUAUCUUUCUAGAGUGAAUUAGUAAUUAAACACAAGGGUUUUCUUUUCAUAGAAUAAUUUGGUUGAUAUAUAAUGUAAUUUAAAACAGAUUACAAUGAUCUCUACAUUAUUCAAAUGUCUCUAGGCACUAAAUUUGAAACUAUGAGGAUAUCCUAUAAUUCCAUAAUUGGUCUUUAUGAAACAGAAUGAAAGUCAGAGAUUUCAAAAUUAUUAAUUUUGAAAUAUUUUUAUUAUUAUUAUUGAAUACCAGAACCUUCAUAGAGAAUAUAUCCCUUCUUCUUUCAGAAAAUAGGUCAUAUAAUAACACAAUUAACUCAUAUCAGGGAUUUAGAUUUUGGUGGGUUUUUUUAAUCUUGUAGUUUAUAAUCUCCUGUUACUCCUGUAUCCAAAGUACUGUACAAUAAUAAUUUGUGUUAGGAAAAAUGAUCCUAGACAAUGUAAUUAUAAAAGAAACACUAAGUCAGAUUCAUUAUCAAUUCCUAAAACAAAAUGGGCUAGUACAUAUUUAGAUUUUCAAUACCAAGGGUUCAAAUAAAAAGAAAGGGUUCUCAUUAACCAGAACACCAUUUCCUGAGCAUUAUGAUUAAAAAAGAUUCUGCUCUAACAAGAUAGAAAGUAUGAAUGCUUUAUUUUGCAACAUGGGAAAUAUUUUUUUUCAAAUAAAUUCCAUAUUUUCAUGUUAUUUUAAAAAGUAUUUUUUCUUAAGAAUUAGUCUGAAUUUUAGCAUAAUUGGGACAUACAAUUCCAAACAAUUAAAUUUUAAAUUAUUUUUAAAGCUCUAUUCUUCUCUACACAUACAGCCAAAAUGAAUAUUCACUGCAUAGUAUUUGGAAGUACAUUUCACCUGUAAAGAAAGAAUGUCCACAUUUCAAAUGGUUUCAAGUGAAUAGAGAGGAACCAUCCCCUCCAGAAAGUCAAACUACAGUUGUUUUAUUUUUGUUUUUAUGUAUUUUUACUGAAUCUCAAUCUGCAAAGUGUUUGAGGCCAUAAUUACUCAUAUUUCCAUUUCCAAAUAUUCAUUUCAAAGAAGCCUGGUAACUACAUUAGCUCUACCACUAACUCUUGCUGUGUGACAUUGGACAAAUCAUAGCCCUCUUUAAUUUCUCACCUUUAGAAUGAGGAGUUGAGAUUGACAGUGGUUUCCAAGCUUUUCUUAACAGCCAAACUUUUUUCUGCUAAAAUUACACAUGGAAUCCUGUUAGGCAAAACAGCUCAGAGCAAUGAAGGAGUUCCUCCAGCAGUUUAAAUCUGGUCCUCCAGAGCACUGUUUAAAUACCAUAAUAACACAGCCAUGAUCUAUAAAGCUUCUCUCACCUCAGAAGUUCCAUGGUUCUAGUUGACUCAGAGACAUCCACCUUUGUGGGCUUUAAAAAAAACUUGUACAAUCAUAGUAAUUGAUAUACAGUAAAAAUAGAUAUUCUCUUGAGUCCUUACCACGUACCAGUCACUAUAGAUGUUAGCUCACUUAAUCUUUAUAUCAACCCCCAAAUGGUAGAUACUCUUUUUAAUUAGUAUGUUACAAAUGGUGACAUUGAGGCUUAAACAAAUUAAUAAUUUGCCCAAAGUGACACAGCAGCUGGAAGUAACCCAGUUAUCUUGACAGCAGUGGGAGCCCUUGACCUGUUUUACUUGUUCAUUCUGGGAAAUGAACUCUUCUGUUUUAUUUUACUAUACAUAUUCCACUAAGUACCCAGGUAAAAGGUGCUAUGAAAAAUUAAUACCAAAAUAAGGAUAAUUCCAAAAGCAAAAUUCUUGGAAAAGAAUGUUUCUCAAAGCAUGAUUUGUGGACCACUUUUAUUAUCAUUUAUUUAACAAAGGAAAUGAUUUUGGCUUAGUUACCACUAUAUCCCCAGAGCCUAGAAUGUAGUGGGCAUCAAUAAAUUGAUAUUGAAUAAAUAAAUCUGUAGGAGUGAGGUUUAAGAAUAUGUAUUUUGACAGCACCCAAAAUUUGAGAAUCACUGCCCUAGUAGAUCUCUCAAAUACUUCUUAGCUCUGACAUUGCAUCAGAUUUUACACAUUCAAUUAUCAUUUGAAUACCAUUUUUCUAGUGAGCUUAUUUUUUCAUUCAGUCCAUUUAGCUUCCUACAAUCUUGAAGAAAAAAAAAAGGUAGAGGGAUUUUUCUAGGAAAAUUCCUUGUUUCCUUAGAGUUCUUUUAUGCUAUCUCAAACUGACCUGAAAUGCAUUCUCUCAUUGUCAUUUUUCUGUCCUUUUUGUCAAUGUCUUAAAAGAUUAAAAGAAGUAGGUAGGUUGCAAGCUGUCAUUCUCCAAAUAAAAUGUCCUAAAACAUGGCUCCCUUCCUGCAAGGGACACAGGCAUCUAACUUGUGAGCUGACACUGUUUAUUUUAUAGGCCUUUGAAUUGGAUGCUUUAUAAGCACGGACUACUGUCAUUCCAAAACAGUUGCACCAAUUGCUUUCAUUUUUGCAUUUUUUUUUCUCAAAAUAAUCACAGUCUGUCAGUUAAAGUUGAAUGACACAGUAAAAUGUGCCUGUAUCUACUAAGGAGAUGCGUUUGUGGUUUCUUGUUUGUUUGUUUUUUUUUAACUUUCUUUUUUCCAAAAGAUUAUGCAUUUGAGCAAAAUCCCAUUCAGUGUAAAUGUAUUCAUUUUGCUACAUGGUUUUCUGGUCAGCAAUUUUUUUUAAAUGGAAGCAUAAUUUUUUUAUGGUAUCAAAAUUAGGGUGAUCUCUAAAUAUCGCUUUAAAAGUUGUCAACAUGAUGUUUCCUUAAAAUGAGUCAAAUUAAAUUGUUGAUAUGAAUGAACAAGUCAAUCAUUGUUACACUGAUUAAAGAGACUGUUCUGAUGACCCACCCCACCUCUUUUACUAUGUGCACUUCUCUCUUCAGGCUUUAUUGUAUUUUCCUGCUCCUUCCAUUUUUUUUUUUUUCAUUCAGCAAACAGUAGUUAAAUGCCAUUUGCUCAUUUGUGAAUCAAACAUGGCUACCAUUACAUUACUUUUUGUCUGUGGAAUGUAUGGAGGAAAAAUGAGAUAGGAGUGCAAUGUUUAAGUCUCCAAAUAUUAAAACCAAACAACAAAACCCACUAGCAUUUCUAUUUCUUUGAUGUUCUGUAAUCUUCUAUAGGCUAGAGCUGCAUUUUAAAUAUCUAACUGAAUACCAAAUAUCCUUCUUGAAAGAUCAAAUUUGAGGGUCUAUUGAGUUGACCAUGGUCAGACCUCUUGACUGUCCCUCAUGUUUAAUAUCUGAUGUCUAUCCAAAAUGAGUAUUGCUAGGAGAGAAAGUCACCUCCUUGUUGACAUCCAUCAUGGGUAUAAUAACUUAUUCUCUAGGCUUAACUUCUAAUGUUAUUUUUCCUUUGAUUUAUAGUAUUUCUAAUCGUCUCCUUCUAUCUCUAGUGCAGUACAUUGCCUGUUCUAUAUACAUCUUUGACCUUACAGGAAAAGACGUUUCAAUGAAAAGCAAAUAUAUUUUUAUGUGUCCCUUAAUUGGCAAAAGAAAAUAAGCAAAGGGUAAUUCUACUUCAUUCACUGUAUUCCAGUGUUUUCCAAAUCAUGUUCAGGACUACUGCUUCUGGCAAAUGUUCAUUGUGGUCUGAGAAUAAAUGAUCCUAGAUCAUAGUCCCAACCCACUCCUUAGACAUUGAUAAUAAAUGUUAGUGUUUUAAUGAAGCUUAAGAAAGUUUUGGAUCAGAAAAACACUUUUCUUUCUAAACACAUCUUGAAGAAACUUUAGAAAAGUUUUCUUUUUAACACUGGUUUACAUAUCUUUCAGCAAUUUCAAAUAAUAUAACCAGGAAUGCUUUGGAAAGAUGCUUCUGGGUUUUUGUUUUAACUCUAAGGAAAAUUUCUGCCACUUUAAAUGAUUUACUAUCUACUUUAAAUUUCAUAAGUAUAUCUUAGUGAAUUUAACUUUAUCACCUAAAGUAUUCAAAACAAAACAAUAAAAUUGUUUUACUAUUUUAAAUUUUUAAGCAUUAUUUUUAGGAUCUGCACUUAUGACCAUCACAUCAUGCUGCUAUCUGUUGAAGAUGGUCCAAAUUUCUUUACAGAGUAGAAUUAAUACUAGUAAACAAUCUUUGGUAAUACUUUAUCUAAACACUUUAAGAAAUUGAAUCAUGAUGGAUUGAUGCUGACUGUAUUUUUACAUAAUCUUGUUAGAAAUUAUAUGAAAAACAUUUCAGUUAAACCUAGGAAAAAUACACUAUUUAGUAUAGAUUUUGCAGGACUCUACACUCUAUCAAUGAGCAUUAAGCAGUUCUUUUUUGCUUUGCUUUAUUUUGCAAAUCAUUUUCACAAAAAAUCAACAAAGUUCCUUUAAUAAUUCCUGGGUAAACUGUCUUGUUAUCAGACAGAAAAGGGUAAAGCUGAAUCACUUUACAUUUCUCUAAAUAUAGUUCAAUUUUUAAUUCAUUAGGACUUCACUACAGGCCAAGCAGUCAUUUGUAGAGCUGGCUUUUUAAACUGUUUGAAGAGCAUUGGGUUUCAAUAUACAAAGGAUUUUUUUUUUCACUUUGCAUAGAGAUCUGUAUGAAUGUAAUGAUCAAAUGUUAAUUUUGUGCCUACUAAAUGGCAAUGGAAGGCAUUGAUUUUUUUUUGUACUUUUAACAAUAAGAGAAACUAGGAAAAGAAUCUCAGAGAAAUUUUGUUGUAUUUCUAAAGGUAAUAAAAUUCAGUCAUCUGUCUUUCUUAAAGAAAAUGCUGUUAGUGUAUAUUUUGAGUUGGUGGUAGCUUUUAUUUAGAGUGCUCCAUGAUCUUUGUAGCAAAAGUAAACAAUGUCUUUAUGACCUUGGUUGGAGUACAUAUUUUCACAAAAUACCUUGAGCAUAAAAUAUUUAUUAAAAAAAAAAAAAACUCUGGGGUAAAAUACUCAAAUAUACUUUUAAAAUUAGUUAAAAUAUUGAUGGCUGGCUCUUUUUCCUACAUGUGUAAU